AGAAGUCUCGUGACACCACCUAGACUGUUUGUAAUCAAAUCAAGAUGAGGUGGGUGUAUGCAAUUUUCGCUCUCGUUUUUUCUGCGGCCUCGGCACAGCAAGGCACCAUUGUGGACGUGGCCAAACGUCUCGGUGCCACCACACUGCUACAGCUAGUGGAGGAUGCAGGACUAACAAAUGUGCUUUCUUCUAAAGGUCCGUUCACCGUUUUCGCCCCGACAAACGACGCUUUUGCCGCCCUCCCAGCAGACAUUAUUCAGAAGUUAAAAUCUGACAAGAAACUGCUGACCAGUGUUCUAUUGGCUCAUGUCGUCAACAAAACUACGUCUUCAAAAACGUUCAAAGAUGACGAACUUCUCGCCUCAAUGAACACGGAUGCCAAAAUCAGAAUCAACAUAUACCUACCACGAUAUGUUAGACCAAUCCCUCCUCCAACGGUCACUGCCAAUGGUUGUAAGGUCAGCAUGGCCGACCAAGUGGCGACCAAUGGUGUGGUUCACGUCAUAUCCAAAGUGAUGUAUCCACUUCCCCUGAAGGAUAAUGUGGUGGAAGUGGUCCACAACACCAGCUCGCUGUCCACGCUGUACAAGGCAAUCAUGGCGACGGGAGUCAGUGACAUCAUAGCAGACGGUGGCCCCUUCACCUUGUUAGCGCCCCCUGACGACGCGUUUAGUAAACUACCACCUGGAACACUGGACUCCAUACUGAAAAACAAAACUGCUGCAGAACGAGUUGUAACUUAUCAUUUGAUUGGCGGAAGUAAAUACAAAGAAGCACUUCUUCCUUACAACACUUCUCACCCUGGCAUCCACGAUACGUUUCUACCAACCCUAGAAGGCGGACAACUUGUAUUUUCCGUGGAAACGGACGGUUCAUUGGUGAUUGGAAGGAAAUACAAAGUGGUGAAGACAGACCUGACGGUGGGUAAUGGCGUCAUACACACGCUGGACUCCGUCAUGAUCCCUCCCCCAUUUCCUUGAUCGACGGUAAACUGAUAAAAAAACUACCACCCAAAAAGAAAAGUGAAGUGAAUACUAGUGCCUACAUCGCUGCUCAUUAAACUUGAUGGCUGAGUUCCAUGGUAUCCUGAAUCUAAUUGAUACAGCAUGCAACAUGAACAAACCAGUCAUUUUGCCAAAUAUCAUUUUUUGUAAGCCUUUACUGCGUUAUGUCUAAUAUUUUUGAAAUUUUUACUAUCUUUAUCAAUAAAUGGUUAAUAAAUUAUGAAAACUCAA